UUGGUUCACAUACUUAAGGAGUACCUAUAUUUUGAUUGCGAUUUGUUUAUGAUUCAGAUUUUUAGAAAUCCUAAGUUGAAUUGAAUAUUUGUGUAUACGCCAUUAACUACUAUGGGACAACUUGGUGUGAAUAACAAUGAUCCAGAAUCAGCGAAAAUCGAAAGUCAAAAAAAUUGGAUUCGAUUGGACGAUGUCAAGCCUGUCUCCGAGGCUGUGUCAAACACAUGUGCAUUCAUAUAUUUUGUGCUAUGGUUCGGAUACUCAGCUUCGGGCAUGGUAAUUAUCAUUAUUAGAGAAAUGUUGCGGCAGGAGUGCUUUUCGAGCACCUUCAUCGUGACCUGGUGGAUCGCACAUUUUUUAUUAAUUACUAUUAACACAUUCAUUGAACUACGCAGUUUUUUAUCCCGCCAGUACAGAGCUUCUUUCGGCGAGAUAGCAUGGGAUAUAAACUGUUGCGAAAUUGUGAUGGUCUUUUUGGGACUUUGCGGUAUUGUUGGGUAUCUACUAACUCAACCUCAUCUCAACACCACCUGCUCUUCUAUAUCAUGGAUUGGAUCUCUAGUGUGGAGCAUUAUUUCCAUCUCUGUCGUCGUGAUCAAAAUGGCCAAAAAACUAUGCUCUUGAAAACUCUUAUAUUCCGUGGACGACGACUGAACGGAAAUUGAGACUGAGCCAAUUUUAGUUUAUGAAAAAACAACAUUUUUUUCAUUUUGUCAAUAUGUGAAUAUAUAAUUUUUUUGCGGUAAAGGCUUUAUGUUAUAUUUUUUCUACACUUUGUAUAAACCUAUUUCUAGCCUUUUCAUUUUCAAGUUUUUUGUCAACUAUAUUUUAAUCUGCUCAUGAUGUUAAAGGUAAAGUUAUAUUUUGGUUCCACCAGGCAUCAAGACGAUCACGUUGUAAUAUUUGUUAUAUUUAAAACACAAUUAUAUGAUGAUACCUACAGUGCUAUUAUUAUGUGUCUUCCACUCCUUACCCAUCUCUUACUGACAUAGCAUACUUAUGAGCUCCGCUUUUUAUUUAUUUAAUUUAUCUGUAUAGUUUACUUUAUUGCUUAUAUAUAUUAGUUAUUUGACUUUUCUCCGUGAGAUGGUGCUUGGUACAUUGUUUGUUGUACAAUCUCAUAUGUUAUGUUACUUUAUUUGUAAAUAAACUGUUAAGGGCGUUUACACUGGAUGCGUCGCGUUGCGGCGCACUCCUG